AUGCGUCCCAGCCAGCUCACCAAGGCUGAGAAGAGCCUGCACGAUCAAAUCAACAUCCUACCAGGCCAACAGCUAUUCGCGGCCUUUGGGACUCUUUCCGCUGCCCUAUUCAUUGCUUGCAUUGACCAAAAUGGUAUUUCGGUCACGAUUCCCACUAUUUCUCGCGAUCUCAGCGCGGAAUCCACCAUUUCCUGGGCUGGUACCGCGAGCUUGCUUGCCAACACCACCUUCCAAAUGCUCUAUGGGCGCCUCUCAGACAUUCUUGGACGUAAAACAAUUUUCAUAGCCACAAUCUUGAUUCUUUCGGUUGCCGACCUCCUAUGCGGCCUUAGUAAAAAUGCGACCAUGUUCUACGUUUUUAGAGGGAUUGCUGGCAUCGGGGGCGGUGGCAUCACCAACCUGAGCAUGAUUAUCGUCUCCGACAUUGUGACGCUCGACCAGCGUGGGAAAUACCAAGGCAUCAUCGGAUCCAUCGUUGGCUUUGCCAAUGUUGUCGGACCUUUCAUUGCCGCGCUUAUUGUUCAAAGAGCUGUCUGGAGAGGCUUUUUCUGGAUGCUCUCGCCUCUCUCGGUGUUGGCAGCAGUCUUGACCUAUUUCUUCUUACCAUCGAAACCACCGACUGCAACAUUCAAAGCUAGUAUAAGCAAGGUGGAUUGGGCUGGUGCUCUCUUGAUAUCCGCAGGGGUCAUCUUGCUUCUGAUACCUAUUUCAGGAGUGGACAUCUAUAAGAACUAUGCGGUCUCCGUGAUGCUAAUACAAAACUUUCUUCUUGGGGCCGUGUAUCAAUCAUACCUAUACUACGUACCGCUCUACUUACAAAACGCACACCAGUACUCAGUCAUGACAUCUGCGCUGUUAUAUAUGCCCAUGGUUAUCACCCAAUGUAUUUCAUCCAUUGUCUCUGGGCAAUACAUCAGCAGAUAUAAGAGGUAUGGAGAAGUCAUUAUGUUCGGCUUUGGGACGUGGACCCUCGGUGCGGGACUUGCGUUGAUAUUAAAAAAGGACACGCACCCCGCAGCCAUUGCGGCAAUAUUAUCUGUUGUUGGCGUAGGGGUAGGCAGCGUCUUCCAGCCGACACUUAUCGCCCUUCAAGCCAACUCACCGAUUUCUCGUCGGGCAAUCAUAAUUUCAAACCGCAAUUUCUACCGCUGCGCUGGUGGUGCCUGCGGACUGACUGUAUCAGCGGCGCUUCUCCAAGCUCGCCUUCGCGCAGCCCUACCGGCCGAAUACAAGUAUCUCGCAGCCUCAACGUACUCCGUGCCAGCUGCGGGAGAGAGUCAAGUCCCAGGUGUUUUGGACGCGUACAUGGCCGCGAGUCACAGCGUCUUCAUUUUGCAACUGCCGCUUAUUGGCUUGUGCUUUCUAGGCACCGCAUUGCUUAAGGAUCGCGGUUUGGAGCCAGUAGAGGCUGAUCAGCCAAAUGAGCCCGUCAUAUCUCAAGGCUAG